UUUCCACCCUCACAGAUUUCCCUGCGUCAGUACACGGAACCCGGAAGCACGUAACAUAAAAUGUCUUUCUAAAUCGUAAGGCUACAAACCCUCUGUGAUGGUAUCUCUCAGAAGUUCAAAAACAGAUUAAAGCAUGCUCGGGACGAUGCUGGCGUCCGGGAGAGCCACCUUGCUUCGAUACGAUCCAAAUGGUAAACCACCAUGGCGACCACUGACUGAAGGCAGUCCAACUGAUGGUACACCUGCCCUUCUGCAAUUAUAUGAACUUCAAGGAGCACAAUUUUCGUUUGUGGCGAAAUAUUUACAUACGAAUACGGAGCUGCUGCGAUUGAAUCUGAAUAAUGUGAAAUACAAUAUACAGUCCGAAACAAAGCAUGAUAUUACUAUUGACGAUGGCUCUAUAUACUCGGUCAAGUUUCUUGAUGCUAAAGAAGGAAACAUGUUUACCACAAUAGUAAAUAAUACCAUCCACGAAAUCAAACGAGCUGGUGCAGAUAUUUCUCGAGGCCGAGGCAGAAGCAUACCCCUUCCUGGUAUGGUGGGUUUACCUAAUGUGCAGUCACCCAAGGAAGCAUGGCUUCCAGCAAGUGGGGGUCAGGGUGCAUACCGAAGACCACCUCCACCUCCAAGACCUUCUAAUUCAACAAAUGGAAGACAAAGUGACCCACAACUAGACAUAACUUUCGAUAACUUCAAAAAAGCUGUAGCAUCUGGGGAUGUUCGAGCAGCAACAGAUUUUGCCAAAGUAUUGGCAGAGAAACGAUACAAUGGAUCAGUAGAUGCUACAACAUUACCUAGACCGGCAUCUUACAAGGACCAAAUGAUAAAGUGAGUAUAUAACU